UGACACCUUAGAGAGACAGAGAGAGAGAGACCAAGUGUCUGAAAAGGGCAAAUCCUUUUUCACUUUUGCUCUGUUUUGGUGGAAAAAGCCAAGAGAAAAAGAGAGAAAUGGAUGGUAGAGAAGAGGUAAAGGUAUUCAAACCCAGUUUCCCUUUGAGCUUUUGGGAACUCUCAGUGGCUUCAACGGUGGUCAUGGCAUUUAUUUUGGGGCUUUCUGGCGUCUAUUUUACCAUGCCUGCAUCUGAUUAUAGCUUCCUUAAAUUACCCAGGAGCCUCCAAGAUCUUCAAAUUCUCAGGGAUCACCUUGAAACCUACACCAGUGACUACACCGUACAAGUCUUGGUGGGGUAUUGUGUAGUCUAUAUUUUCAUGCAAACUUUCAUGAUUCCGGGGACCGUUUUCAUGUCAUUGCUUGCCGGAGCCCUGUUUGGAGUCUUCAAAGGCGUAGCUCUUGUUGUGUUCACCGCCACCGCCGGUGCUUCUUCUUGCUAUUUCCUGUCAAAAGUAAUAGGCCGGCCCCUUGUGUUUUCCCUUUGGCCCGACAAGCUGAGCUUCUUCCAAGACCAGGUAGCUCAAAGAAGGGAGCGUCUGUUGAACUAUAUGCUUUUCCUAAGGCUUACACCAACUUUGCCAAAUACAUUCAUUAAUGUAGCUUCUCCUAUUGUGGACGUGCCUUACCAUAUUUUCUUCCUGGCGACGAUUAUUGGACUCAUCCCUGCUGCUUACAUAACUGUCAGGGCUGGAAUAGCUCUUGGCGAAUUACAAUCAGUCGGGGACCUUUAUGAUUUCAACUCAAUCGCCACUCUUUUCCUUAUUGGGGUUGUCUCGGUCACGCCUACACUUAUGAGCAAGAGCAAAUCAUAACGUUUAACCUGCAGAGCUUGCUUGUACACCAAACACCGAUCUGUUGGUAACCAUUACCGUUGCCCUACAUUACCGUCCAGACCGGCAUCUAAUGAAAUGCAAUGUGCCACUGCAUUCUCUCCAGUUACUGGAGCCUGCUGAUAAUGAAGAUAUCAGUCAUCAAGUUCUUAGGUGUGAAUUGUGUUUACUUUAGCCAUUGUUAGGUACAUGAAAAGUUUGGGGGAAAGGUAUUAUCUGUUUCGAUUUCGAUUUGAUUGUUCACAAUAGUGUUUAGAAUCUGUAUAUCCAUGGAAAGUUAUUCUUCUCAG